AAUUGACAUUAUGUUAUUCCUAUUGGAAAAUACAACCAAAGCUGGAAAAUACAACCAAAGCCUACGUUAUGAAGAAGAAACAUAUUGAACGUCCCAUUCGCCAACAUGUCACAAAAAUCGGUUACAACUACAUACAAAAAGCUCUCAAAGAAGAUCCAAAACACUUUCGGCUAGUGUACCGUAUGUAUCCAUCCGUCUUUUUAAAGCUAUGUCAACUUAUCAAAGAGCAAACACCUCUUAGAGAUACUCGGCAAAUGUGUCUUGAAGAAAUGGUGGCUACAUUUUUGCUCACUAUUGGUCAAAAUUCAAGAUAUUCUUACACAAUGGACACGUUCAAGAGAUCCAAAUUUGCUGCAAGUACAAACUUUCACAAGGUUUUAAAGGCGUUGAACUCUAUCGCACCAAGUUUGAUGGCUAAACCUGGACUCACAGUACCUACAAAAAUAAGAGAAAGCACACGAUUCUAUCCCUAUUUCCAGGAUUGUGUUGGUGCUAUUGAUGGCACACACAUUGAUGCAAUAGUGUCUGCUUCUGAAGCACCUAGCUACCGUAAUCGAAAAGGGAAGAUAUCACAAAAUGUGUUGGAUGCUUGUAAUUUUGAUCUAGAAUUCAUAUACGUUCUUAGUGGAUGGGAAGGUACGGCUCAUGAUUCAAAAAUACUAAGUGAUGCUCUAACACGGAGUACUAACAGGUUGCCUGUUCCAGAGGAAAAUAGUUCAGUAAACGGAAAUUCAAGAACUUUCGAUGAAGAAAAUGCUGAUGUAGGAACUCUCCAAUCUCAUCAAAGAGAAUAUGCUAACAAUUGGAGAGACACAAUAGCUGCUAAUAUGUGGGCAGAAGCUACACAAACAGGAAGUCAACGAUGACAUUGUGAAACGUUUUUUUAGUUCUGAAAUUUUGUUUACUAGCUCAUGUCAAUUUGAGCAUUGUUAGUUUUACACUAUUUAAUAGCAUUGAGUCUCUGAAUCUCUGAGAUGAAUCUUGAAAUAUUUGGUAUCAUGUUAUUUUUUUGGAUUUUCCCCGAUCUAUAUUGAUUAUCAAGAGAUUAUCGCCUUUGUGAUAGUAUUUUGUUUAACAUUAACUGACUUGGUAUUCAUCUAACGUUAGCGACGUUGUUAAUGUUGCGUUUAUCAGUCUUGAAAUCUUUUGUGUUUGUAUUAUCAUUUGUAUUUAUGCUCACUCUUCGUGUAUUUGUUUGCAUUGUUAAUUGUUAUCAUUUGUAUUUGCAUUGAGUUUGUGUGUCACGUUCUAUGUCCGCAAGACCACCAUUGAUGCGGACGUAACGAAGAGAAAAACCUUUGGUUCAGUAACGACUGGAGAUUUUGCAAAAGUGAUGGGCUGUGUCUUGUGACAGAUUGUAGUUGUUGUAAUAACAGAGAAAACACACAAAGGAUUGAGAGAUAUUCUUGCAGGUUUCCGAUCAUGAAAGCAACAAUAACGAACUCGUGAUAUGGUAAAUUGUUUUUAUAUGGUGUGAGACCAGACUUGGUAGUGGAGGACCACGAAGCAAAAUGAUUCACUUGGAAUGAUUUCAGAAGAAACGAUGCUGACCUAUUAUUUAAUUAUAUCUCAUCCAAUUUUUAAAAAAACUUUGACAAUACAUUAUUAACUUGCGAUACUUUUCUUAGUAGAUUUUAUAAGGAAAAGUAUGUAGAAUCAUAAACUAAUAACAACAUAUUUAAAAACAAUGGAAAAGUCAUUUACUUUCAUUUUUGUUGAAUAACACAAGACUUUUACUGAUUUUAUUAAAUAAUGAAUCCAAUAACUCUAGACUUUUAAAAACUUUUAAAUACUUGUUACAAAUUUAUAAACCAAUAACACCAGAGUUUAACAAAGUUUUAGAAAGUCUUAAUUAAAUAACACUAGACUCAUUGUAACUCUCAAAUCUUUAAAACUCCUUAUAAAACACAAACCAAUAACACCUCCUAAAUCUAACAAAUAAACCACUAUUAAAUCUAUAGUAGAAACUACAUCUUUGAACGAUGAUAACUGGUAUUAAAAAGUGGUUUUGAUAAGUCUGGAUUGGGUGACUGAGGUUCAUACAAACUGAAGCGUCUUCACCGGAACUUGUUAUGGUGCAUUCAUCGACGAAGGCGACUGCGUUAAACUCCACCGAGAUGAACAUUUCUGAUGGUUAUACGAAUCGAAGCUGACGUGUCCACUUCAUAUACAAUAACACAAGUGUCUAUGGACCCAAUUGCUACCAUUGUGUUUUUUAGUGACCAUGCCAAACAGUUUAUACUACCCGUGUGGAAAAAUAUGUUGUUUGGCUUCACCUGUAAAACCAAGAUCAAUCUUGCUCAAAAUGUUUAGACUAUGAGUAAAACAACUCCAAAAUCAAAAGAGACCAGUGUUGUGUAUUCUGGUGAUUCAACAACUAUGCUUAUGUCCAGAGGUUGAUGGCUUAUAUCAGUAUGAUCUGUGGUUGCGAACUUGUUAGUUAAAAGAAUUUCCAGAUCUGUCACUCAAGAGUUGAUAGAUGCAUAUCUAACAAAAUCUGUUAAAGAAAGAUUCUAUCAAAUGUUAUUUAAAAUUUCUUGUUAUAAGAUAAUUCAUUAAUUUUGUAAUUAGUAAAAAAUAUUAUAAAUUAUUAUAAAUUAAUUCAGUUUGUUAAUUAUAAACCUUGAAGCCUUUGGUAACAGGAAGGCCAAAGCUUUAUCUAAUCUCAGAUGUUUGUAAUAAAAAUGCAAAAUGAUGGACCAACCUUUAUAAAAACCCGUCUUUCGACAAAAGCAUCAGAUGUCUCCAUUCUUGUCAAUGAAAUCAUCUUGAGUUUCUUUCUUGUUCGGAGAAAUGUUGGUGAUAGUGGACUUGUGUUGGGCCAUAGCCCAUAAUAGCCAUCUUGCUGCUUCUGAAAAUGAAAUAUUAAUUGGAACUUUAGUUCAUGUGUGUGAUUUUUUUGUCGAUUUUAACUUUUGAUACAUCAGAAAACCGUUGAACGGUUUUACUAGGGUUUAAUAUUCUUAAGACAAGUUUCACACGUGAAAUUUUACUAGUCACAAGUUGAUGAAGUCGGUUUCUUAAUAUUUCUUCUUAACCGAACUGGUGCAACCAUAUAUCAAAUGUUCUCCUCGCAGCUGACAUUAGUCUACUAAUUAUGUGUGAACAUAUAUGGUUAGAAAUCAGUUCAAAGCAUGCAUAGGGAUAUAAAAGCCUUAGCAAAGUAUCAAAUAUUCAUAUAUAGCCUGACUGAAUUUUCUUGUUUAGAUAUUUCUUAUGAUAUUUUAGAAUUGGCAGCUGGACUUAGAAAUUGAAUUUUCCUGCUACGAAACAAAUCUGACUUUUAUUAAUAUCGAUAGAUCACGUGGUUAAUAUAUAAUGUGUCUUUCCAAGCUUAUUCUAGCUGCUUAAUUUGAAUCACGGCGGACGUAUUUAUAUGAUCCAGAAGCCAAUUACUAAUGAAUAAACGUGUGCAGUACUGUUUUUAUAAAUAAAAUCUAAGUCAGCAGCAAGAGCACCUUCAAUCGAGGGUUUAAGAAGAAGUUCUAAAAAUACAAAAAAAUAAAUAAAAAAGAACGAUUUGCAUCAAAAAUAUGACAUAAGCUUAAAAUUUGCAAAUAUGGAACUUGGACCAAAAACACACUGAAACCCAAACUGUUCAUGGUUGGAUUUACACAGUUGCCCCUAUGGCUCUGCUACGGUAAGAAAGAGAAACAAAUUAAUAUUUUAUUUAAUAUCAAUGUAAAAAUGAGAAAUCUAAUAAGUUAAAAACAUUAUUUUGUCUCUUCUUUCACGUUCUCUCUUUCUCUUUCUAUUCUUUAAUUUUUUUCAGAAUUAUCACCGUCUUUUUUUCUUUCUUGGCAAAUCCAAAUCUCAAUUUUAUAAAUCAUAAACUCUUUUCAAUUCGAUUUAAAAGUUUCGUCUAUCCAAUCAUAUACGAAAUACAAAAAACAAUUUUUUCUCUUCGUCUCUUUGUACGACGGCGCGUGAACUAGUCUCAUCACCAUCCACCGCCGCCUCCGCCACUUUACCAUCAUCAAGUAUCAUCUCUGGUGGAUCAGUUGAGAAGACAAGAGCAGGCUAAGGGUAAAGUACCCAAGUAGUGUACUUUUUCUUAAUUGUUACCACAGUUCUUGGAAAUGUUUUUCAUUUUUAUUUAAUAAUGAUGUAAUUGGUUAACAUAUUUUGUUUGUCAUUUUUGUUAUAGUUAGCCGGCUACGAAAACAGACACAUUAAUAGACUUAUAUAUGGUGUUUGGACUAGUGAAUGUAAAAAAAUUAUAUGUUCGCCUAAACAGAAAAUUAACUCUCUAACAAAUCACAAUACAUAAUAUUAAUUUUGUGAUCAGCUAAACAUAAAAUUAAUUCUCAAACAAAUUGCAAUAUGUUUACAUGUACGGCUAAAUAUAAAAUUAACUCUUUGAUAAGCUGCAAAACAUAUGACUAAAUUUAAUUUUACGGUUAAACAUAAAAUUAACCAUCUAUUAAAUCACAAUAUAUAUGAUUAAAAAGAUUGUUAGCCGUAUAUAAUAUAUUAUAUUCGACUAAACAUAAUAUUUCCUAUUAAAAUAUUUUAUAUUCUUUAUAUGGUUAUGCUUAUUGUUUUACUAAAUUAUUUAUGUUUUACUAAUAUUGUAUCUUGAAUUGUAAUAUGGCAUUUGCUGUUUGCAUGAAAUCAAAACAUAAACGCGUAAUUAACAAGGAAGAUGAUAUUCAAGACCUGUGAUUCAUACAUAUUAUAUUAUUCGCAACAACGAUUCUUUUUGUGUGUGAUUCAACAGAGACUCAUGCAACUAGUAAUCCAGGAUGCCUUCAGUAAACAGACGGCCACUCUUCCGUCAGCUUCUACGGCCAGUCUCCGUCAUCGUCUCCGGGAGCAUUUGUUCUUCUCUUCUUCUUCGGCAUCCUCUCUCAUCUUUUUAUUCGUUCUCUCUCCUCUUAUUCUUCUUCCUCCUCUAUAGCAUCAUGGAUCUUCCUCCUCUCCAUUAAGUGAGAUGAAGGCAAGCUGUAGCAAGGGUGAGGUGACGGAAAGCUGUAACAUACGUGAGGUGACGGCGUGACAGUGAGCUUGAGCAGAGGUGAGGUAACUGUGUGAGAGCUUGAGCAGAGGUAAUGGUGUGAUGGAGUGACGAUGCGACGAUUAGUUGGCAUGAUGGUGUGACGGCGAUAGAAAAGAAAAGAAGGUGAUAAAUUUGAAGAUAAGAAGAGAGGAGAUAUCAAGAGUGUAUCAACUAUGACGGAGAAGACGAGGUAAUUUUGUAGCAAUAGGUGAUGAAAUUAUCGAGGAAAACCAAAGAGUAUCGAUUAUGGUGGAUGAGGAAGUAACUCUCUUGACAAAUAUAAACACGUGUAAUGUAGAGAUACAGAGGUUCUGAAUAUGGUAUAGGUUGUGUUUUCGCUCAACACAGGGGUACAACAGCCAUUAAAAAAAGACACAUCAGCGAGAAAGUGGCUUUUCCAUAUCUGCAAAUUAUGCAGUUAUCUUUGUACAUGUGGAGUGCAAUUUCUCAAUAAAAAAUGAGAUAAAAAUCAGAACAGGUGUCUAAUAUAGCUUUUUUAGAACAUGGAAAAUACCCAUACGUGAUACGUGCCGCUUUGGUAUUCGCUAAUUAAUUUUAGACAGAAGAGGGAAAAAUUUCCCCUAUCUCUCUCUUAGAGCAUCUUUAUCCCUAGAACCCAUUAGGAUUUCUUAAUCAUUUGUUUAAUAAUAAAUUUGUGUUAAGAACUUUAGUUAAGAUACACUUAAAUUUUUGUCCUCCAUUGCAAGUUUUUUAAGCAAGAGUUCUUACAAAAAAAAUUGAAAGAACUUAGAAAAGGAAGAAAGAACUCGAAAAGAAACAUUUGAUCUUGUGAAUACACUUUCAUUAUCCAUAUCAUUUAUACAAGUUUCUGAUAAUACAACCUUUUGUAAUGGACGUUGAUGCUGCACUACGUUAGACCUUGACGACCUUUUAAUCAUCCAAUCCCCACGACAGAGCUUGGUUAUGUGAUCACUUGGCAACUUUGGCGGAGGCAAUGUCUUUCUUGGCUGAAGCCUGGAUCUGUAAUGGCUUAGUCUCGCUCAACACAUCUCCGCCAUAUACAUCACUGGUCUUUC